AUGGCGUCCAACAUGGACCGGGAGAUGAUCCUGGCGGAUUUUCAGGGGACUUCAGAGAUCAUCUGUUUCCAGCUUCUCAGUUUUCCUUUUGUGGAAGCAUGUACUGGCAUUGAAAACAUUGAUGAAGCUAUUACAUUGCUUGAGCAAAAUAAUUGGGACUUAGUGGCAGCUAUCAAUGGUGUAAUACCCCAGGAAAAUGGCAUUCUACAAAGUGACUAUGGAGGUGAGACUAUACCAGGACCUGCAUUUGAUCCAAGUCACCCAGCUUCAGCUCCUGCUCCUUUUUCCUCUUCAGCAUUUAGACCUGUAAUGCCAUCUAGGCAAAUUGUAGAAAGGCAACCUCGGAUGCUGGACUUCAGGGUUGAGUACAGAGACAGAAAUGUUGAUGUGGUACUUGAAGACAGCUGUACUAUUGGAGAGAUUAAACAGAUUCUAGAAAAUGAACUUCAGAUUCCUGUGUCUAAAAUGCUGUUGAAAGGCUCGAAGACCGGAGAUGUGGAAGACAGUACAGCCUUAAAAUCACUACGUUUGCCAAAAAACAACAGUCUUUAUGUCCUUACACCAGACUUGCCACCACCUUCAUCAUCUACUCAUGCUGGUGCCCUGCAGGAGUCAUUAAAUCAAAACUUCAUGCUGAUCAUCACCCACCGAGAAGUCCAGCGGGAGUACAACCUGAACUUCUCAGGAAGCAGUACUAUUCAAGAGGUAAAGAGAAAUGUGUAUGACCUUACGAGUAUCCCCGUUCGCCAUCAAUUAUGGGAGGGCUGGCCAACUUCUGCCACAGAUGACUUGAUGUGUCUUGCUGAGUCAGGGCUAUCUUAUCCCUGCCAUCGACUUACAGUGGGCAGAAGAUCUUCACCUGUGCAGACCCGGGAGCAGUCCGAAGAGCAAAGCACCGAUGUUCAUAUGGUUAGUGAUAGCGAUGGAGAUGAUUUUGAAGAUGCUUCCGAAUUUGGAGUGGAUGAUGGAGUAUUCGGCAUGGCAUCUUCUGCCCUGAGAAAAUCUCCAAUGAUGCCAGAAAAUGCAGAAAAUGAAGGAGAUGCCUUAUUACAAUUUACAGCAGAGUUUUCUUCAAGAUAUGGUGACUGCCAUCCUGUAUUUUUUAUUGGCUCAUUAGAAGCUGCUUUUCAAGAGGCCUUCUAUGUGAAAGCCAGAGAUAGAAAGCUUCUUGCUAUCUACCUCCACCAUGAUGAAAGUGUAUUAACCAACAUGUUCUGCUCACAAAUGCUUUGUGCUGAAUCUAUUGUCUCUUAUCUGAGUCAAAAUUUUAUAACCUGGGCUUGGGAUCUGACAAAGGACACCAACAGAGCAAGAUUUCUGACAAUGUGCAAUAGACACUUUGGCAGUGUUGUUGCACAAACCAUCCGGACUCAAAAAACAGAUCAGUUUCCACUUUUUCUGAUUAUUAUGGGAAAGCGAUGAUCUAACGAAGUGUUAAAUGUGAUACAAGGUAACACAACAGUGGAUGAGUUAAUGAUGAGACUUGUGGCUGCAAUGGAGAUCUUCACCCCCCAACAACAAGAAGAUAUAAAGGAUGAGGAUGAACGUGAAGCCAGAGAAAAUGUGAAGAGAGAGCAAGAUGAGGCCUAUCGCCUUUCACUUGAGGCUGACAGAGCAAAGAGAGAAGCUCAUGAACGAGAGAUGGCAGAGCAGUUUUGUUUGGAGCAGAUUCGCAAAGAACAAGAAGAGGAACGUGAGGCCAUCUGGCUCUCCUUAGAGCAGGCCCUGCCUCCAGAGCCAAAGGAAGAAAAUGCUGAACCCGUGAGCAAACUGCGGAUCCGGACCCCCAGUGGCGAGUUCCUUGAGCGGCGGUUCCUGGCCAGCAAUAAGCUCCAGAAUGUUGAUUUUGUUGCUUCCAAAGGAUUUCCAUGGGACGAGUUCAAGUUACUCAGUACCUUUCCUAGGAAAGGAACUAGAGACGUAACCCAGCUGGACCCAAAUAAAUCUUUAUUGGAGGUAAAGUUGUUCCCUCAAGAAACCCUUUUCCUUGAAGCAAAAAGUAAAUAUGGCCCAGCAGUGGAACCAGCCAUUCCUUGA